AUGUCCCUUUCACCGUUGAGAUCCGUUCUCAGUAACUUUCGAAAGCCUGCGUUCGCUUCUCAGUCAUGUAUCAGCCAAUGUCAGUCCAUGUUAUCAUCAAUAUCUGGCAGACAGAAUCAAAAUAUUUCAGUUACUUCGCAUGACGAACAUACUAACUCUAGUAAUAACCAAACUUUUAGUUUCAGAGAUUCAAAACUGGCCCAUGUGGCUAAGUCAAAUUCAGAAGUUAUUCGUGCAUUACUAGUUUUCAAAAUAUGCUCCUUUCCAACACUUGUUAAGUAUAACAAAAAGCUUAUGGAUAUUUCCAGGAAAAUAUUUGGAAGGUCGUUGUUUCGGUUAAUAAUGAAGAUGACAUUCUAUGGACAUUUUGUUGCGGGUGAAAAUGAAGCCAGUAUUCAACCAUUAAUUAUGCGUCUCAAGAAGUAUGGAGUGAAGUCAAUACUUGACUAUAGUGUUGAGAAGGACAUACAAGAAGAUGAGGCCGUCCAGAUAGUGAAAAAAAGCUUAAGUGAAGUGUUACAAACCCCCGAAAAACGACCAGAGGCAGCCACUAAACAGUAUCAAAUCAGUGUUCGGUUCGCCAAUCGUACGAAGCAGGUUGUUGGGGCUCGCUCGUACUUUUAUAAGUCUGAAUAUCAGUGUGACCAUAAUAUGGAGACAUUUAUGAAAUGUAUUGAUGUUUCUUCAAAAUACGGUGAAGAUCGUGGUUUUACUGCAAUUAAACUUACAGCACUCGGACGACCCCAACUUUUGCAACAAAUGUCUGACUUUUUAGUGCAAAUGAAACGACUGUUCUUCUUACUUACCAAAGCGGAUAAUGGACAGAAAGGUGGACUUGCAUCGCUUGAUCUAGACAAUUUUCGUAAAAAACUGGAAGCAUUAGGCGUGAAAAUUGCAUAUGAUGAAGAAGUUAAGUGGUUUACUUUGUUGGAUGUCUCUGGAGAUGGUGUUUUAGAUUUACUUGAUUGGAGUCACUUAAAGGCUUUUGAAUACGACCUUGCAAGUCUGUUUAUUCUAAAAAAUAAAAAGACUGGUGAAGUAGAACAGCUUGUACCUACACUUACAACUGAAGGUAUUGAGGAAAUGCGGAAUAUGAUAAAACGUGUCGAUACUUUAGCAAACUAUGCAAAAUCUGUUGGAGUUCGAGUUAUGGUGGAUGCAGAGCAAUCAUAUUUUCAACCUGCUAUAAGAAGAUUGAUUAUAGAAAUGAUGCGUCUAUUUAAUAAAGACAAGGCUGUAAUAUUUGGCACUUACCAGUGUUAUCUGAAGGAAGCACUUGAAUCACUUACUCAAGACUUAAAUCAUGCUGCUACAGAAAACUUUUACUUCGGUGCAAAGUUAGUUAGAGGGGCUUAUAUGGAUCAGGAGCGUGCACGUGCCAAAGAGUUAGGGUACGAAGAUCCAAUUUGUUCAGACUUCAACGCUACAACAGCCAUGUAUGAAUCAUGUCUAGAGGAGGUGUUUAAAGCUAUUAAAAAACGCAGAAGCGGUCAAGUUAGUGUUAUGAUAGCUAGUCAUAAUGAAGAUACCGUUCGAUAUGCUUUAAAAAAAAUGCAUGAAUAUAAUGUAGCACGGGAAGAUCGACUUAUUUGUUUUGGUCAAUUGCUUGGGAUGUGUGAUCAGAUUAGUUUCACAUUAAGUCAAGCUGGCUACUCUGUAUAUAAAUAUGUUCCAUAUGGUCCUGUUGAAGAAGUUUUACCAUAUCUAUCUAGACGUGCAUUAGAAAAUGGUUCCGUGUUAAAUUGUACACUUAGAGAACGUCAGCUUUUAUGGUCUGAAUUGAAAAGACCAUUCUUAAUUAUAGGGAUAAUGUCUGCUUUAAAAUUAGAAGAUCCCACGGUAGAUGUCGGUGAUAUAGAAAAAUACCGUAUGGCUUUUUUAAUGCAGUUUUUUGUACAACACAAACGAAGAUUUCGAUUUCCACGUCUUCGCCUACAGGACCUGUAUCAAAAAGUUUUAAAAGAUCCAGAUCCUGUAGCAUUUUGUGAUCUUGCUGCUCGUAUACUUCGGUUUUUAAAUCAUGACGAUCCGGAUAUUUGUAUGGCAACUAUUGAUCAAGCACUCGAUCGUUUCGCAAUCGAUAAGCGUACUUCAUAUAGAAUUAAUAUGCAACGUCAUCGUAACGGGAAAUUGGUGCAUCAGUUAGGACCGGCUGCUAGAGCUGCAUUAUUGGAUAAUUUAAUUGAAUCAGUUUAUGAUGAACAGCCGGAUUUCAACUUUACAACAUGUUUCAAUAGUUCCAUAUCUACAAAUAGUGUUGGUGGUGGUGGUGUUGUACGUGGUGGUGCUAAUGGUUCCGGAUCAACUGGUCUUGACCGAAUCGAUGCUCAUGAUUUAUUUGGUUCUGGAGAUUUAGGAUCGAGUGAUGGAUGUAAUGUUUUCGCUGAAACAGAAGAUGUCAAUGUACUUAUUAAAGCUGGCCAGGAUGCUCAAGGAUGUAGUUACUAUUAUAUGGAUGAUUUACGUCUUUAUCGUGAACGUCCUCAAAAUGGUAUCUCAUCACAAUGGGAUGUUGUUGUUGGUCCAACAGCUGAUCAAUGGUUAACAUUUAUUAUGUCAUUAAGUCGUAAUGAAAAGGAAUAUGAUUUAUAUUGUUUUUUAAAACAAGAUUUAUUUGAAUUAGUUAAAGAAAGUUUAGAUGCAUUAGAAUUGCACACACCAAAUAGUGAAUUGGAUUCAAAUUAUUUACGUACAAAAGAAUUGAAUGAAUUAACUGAAUUAAAACGACGUCAACUAGGUGUAAAUCAUAAAUCAUUAGUUGAAAAUGAUAAAUUAUCAUUGAAUAGUAAUAAUCAUCAUCAUAAUGCAGUGAAUCAUCUUAGUGUAAAUGGUCCAAAAAGUGCAUCACCUGCAUUUUCCGGCGGUCAUGGUAUCAGUGGAAUUGGAAGUUCCGGUAGUUCCACAUCUGGUGCACCACUUACGCCUAGUUCAGCUCGUACACCAACAUCUGCACCACCCGCAUCAAGCAUACAACAACAAUUAUCAUUACCGCCUCCUUCUUCAGAUUGUUUAGAAACUUUACAAACAUCAGUGAAAACAGAGUCUUCUUCCGGUACAAAUCUAACAAAAAUGCGAUCAUUAUCUGGUCAAUCACCUUGUGAUCCAGAUUUAAUGCAUUUCCCAAAAUCUGAAGUUAAUACUUCACUUGAAUAUACCAACAUAUCAUCAUCAUCUGGAUCAGUUGUCAGUUGUAAUCAUCAUGAUUCUUUUAUGAAUAAUACUUCUUCAUCUACAAAUCAAUAUAACUUAUCUUCACCGUCACCUAUGGUUGGUACCGCCACAAAAUCUGGGUAUGCAUCGUUAACUGGUGGCAGUAUCAAUAACAAUAUAUCGAAUAAUAAUGAAACAAUAAGAAAUUCAGAUGGUGUUGUUGAUCAAUCUAUUGUACCAAUGCAAAAUAAUAGUAGUUCAGUGGUUUGUGAAUCUAUCACAUCAUUGACUGGUACUAACACUAUGUUUACUACAACUUCUGCUGCUAUAUGUACAACGACAACCAUGAGUACUACAUCUAUUACUGCUACUACGACAAAUAAUAAUAGUAAUUAUACUUCCACUGUUAGUGGUAUUCAGUUAUUGCCUUCCUCUCCUAAUAUAUCUACUAAUACAACUGCUACACCUGGUGUUGUAGUCAGUGAAUCAUUAGCAUCUUGGAGUUCACCCGGUCUUCCUAAUUCCAAUUCAAAUAUGACAUCAUCAUCUCCAUCAUUCCAUCGUGAUCGCAAGUUACCAACAACCAAUGAUACAAUUGCCAUUUCAACACAACCAUCAUCAUCUCAAGUACAACAACGACCAAAUAAUGGAACAAUUGAUGAAAGAAACUAUCGAUCAUAUCCUUCAUCUACUCAACAAAUAUCACAAAAUCAAAUUACUGGAAAUGGCACCUCAAAACAAACAUAUCCCUUUGAAACAUAUAUGACGAUGAAAGGAUCUCCAGUUGAAAUUAUCGAUCCGAUUAAUAUAAAACAAUCCACUAAUUCAUCUUAUUUUCGACAUAUGUGUACAGGACAUCAAGAUAUUAAUUCAUGCAGUGGAUUAGAACAUUCUUCUGUCUUAUCAUCUAAUUCAAAUUCAAAACAAUGUAUUGGUCCAACUACUGCUUUAGUUUCACCGAUAAUUGGUAUUCCAGAUAGUGGUUGUAUGCCUUUAACUCAAGAACAAUGGGAGAAUCGUAAGAGUAAAAUAGCACAAUUAGAAAAAAUUCAUUCAACAUUGAGUAAAAGUAAAAGUGCUUCAACACCAGGUGCUAUAACUGCAGCAACAGCUGGUGCUGUCUUACAACAACGUUUAAUGCGUAAUUCUAUUUCAAUGCAGCCACAACAGCCAUCCCAUCACCAUCAUCAUCACCACCACCAACAACAGCUGGAACAACAGUCGUUAGGGUUAGGAAAUCCUUCAGCACAACUACCACCUUCCGCUAUUAACAAUUCAUUACAAUAUUCUGAAGCUGUUGGACAACGUCCGGUAGAUUUUGAAAACUAUGGGGUAUUUCGUCAGAGCGGUUUAGUUGGAGGACAAUAUGUUAAUAAUGAGUCAGCUCAACAAGAAUGGGAUAGAUUAUGUUCUGAUUAUCAGCGUGGAAAAAGUGAUCCAUCGAUGAUGCGUUAUUCUGGACCUAGACAGAUGGGAUUUUUUGAUAUGUCCAACUGUCCAGUUCCUCCUCAUGAAGUUAAUCUUUCAUCUCAGUGCCCUGUUCCACCUAUGGCUACUGGAACUAUGAUGAUGCCUUCAGAACAAGUAAUGAUGACUGACCAACAAACCUGCCAACCUCCGACUUACCAAAGUGGCCCUCCAGUUGUAAUGGUUCCACCAAAUAAUUCAAAUAUAUGUUCUGGAAAUCCUGGUUAUCCGUCCUCUGACUCAUUGACACUACCGACAGAAUCUUGUCGGACACUAGGUGCAGCCGGUCCGGACUCAAUAACUCCCGGUGUAGUCCCAACUACUGGGCAAAAACGUCCUUACCAUUCUGCUACAAAUAGUGAUAUUUGGUUAUCACCCAACUCAAUUCCUCUUUCUAUGUCUCCUAUUCAAAAUAACGAAAACCCUGCUCUUGUUGGUCACAUUGAACCGGGUUCAAUACCAUCUGUUUGUCGUGCUGGUCAAUCAUUAAAUGUUAUUCAAUCUCCUGUUGUUGGUUCUAUUCCUCCUACAUGUGUACCUAUCACUAAUACUAACCAAUCAGUUGGUGGGCGUGGUUCCGGCGUCGCAAAGCCAGGAACAAAAAAACGUAAAGCUGGUGCUGCAUCCGGUAGAUCUAGUGUUAUUACCAAUACUGGUAAUUAUACACAGUCUUUAUCAUCCACACAUCAACAGUCAUCGCCUACCAAUCAAAAUGUUCACUGUGUUAAACAACCAAUUCCUAAUUGUGUUACAACUCCGAGUAAAUCAAUGAAUCCUUCCUAUAUUGGAGAUGAGUUACAAAUGAAUCACUUUCCACGUUCUACACCUGGUCAUCCACGUCCUAUGCAUCAGGCACCAACAACAGGUGGUGGUCGAUCACAAUUUCAACCUAAUGAUCCUUGUAUGAUGCAUUAUUCAGACGUAAUAUGUGGACCGAAUUCCGGACAAAUUCCAAUUGAACAACAAUCUGGGAAUAUGGAAAUGAUGUUGUUAGUUAAUUCUCGUCAUUCUGGUACACCAAAAAGUAGUGGUGAACCCUUUCCUAGUGGUACUGUCAGUCCAAGUGUAUCCUGUUCCAUCUCAAAUCUUGGAAGUCGUACAGGUUUGAAUUGCAAUACAAAUUAUGGUCCAAUUAGUAAUUAUGGGAACAGUGCUAAUACGAAUAAACCGAUGAAUCAUCCAUAUUUCAAUUCAUCCGAUAUGAUGGGACCAAAUCCAGAUUCUAUUACUAUGAGGACAACUCCUAGUAGUACUCCAUGCACACAGCAUUUAACUUCUGCUAGUUUAGCUAGUUUAGCACGAUUAUCUCAAAUGUCUGGACCUGAAGGUCCGUACAUUCCAUCGUGUUCAGCCUCAUUUUAUAAUCCAACCAUUGGGAAUAGUCUUGGAUCAAUGCCUGGUCAUGCUGUUCACUCAAAUCGUAGUGGAUCUUUACCUUCCUUUCAUCUAGAUGGAAGUCCCGUUAUACCAACGCCACCUCAAGGAGCACAUCAUAUUAUAUCUCAAGGUGCACGCAAUCAUAACUCAAGUCCUGGAAAUUGUGGCUCGAAAUCACAUUUAUGCAAUCCUAACCAAUCAUUAUCAUCAAAUAUGACUCCUAAUAAUUGUAAUUUACCUCAUUCUUUAUCAUCCCAAACUAUUCCAAUAAAUUCUAAAUUUAAUUCCCAAGGCUAUCCCCAUACAAAUCCACAGCUUCAACCAACAUUACAACAACCACCACAAAAUCCUAUGGGCACUGUCACUAAUUGUGGUUCUUCACUUCCUUCUCCAGUUCCCAAUUUACCAACACCAUCUCAGCAGCAGCCUCCUUCGAUUCAAGUGAAUAAUACAUUUUUUAAUGCACAAUUAAAUGUACAACAAAUGAAUUAUCAACAUGUUAGUGCACCUGGAUCAACUGGUCAAAUGCAAAUACAUUUUGCACAACAACAACCAUCAACAACACAACAUCCAAUUCCACCACCAUCAUCAUCUCAUGAACAUUUACGUUCAGUUCGACAAUCAGAUAACAAUAAUAAUAAUAAUAAUAGUAGUAGUACAAUUCGUAUGACAAAUUCAUCAAAUGAAUAUAAUUCAAACAAUCAUCCAUUAUUAUACAAUACUGAUGGAGUUAAUCAUCAUUCUCAUCAUCAACGUAUUGUUGAUUGUCCGUCAAAAUCUGAAAUUCCUGCAGUUAUUCCGUCUAGUUCAGUAAUUACUUCAUCUGUUGUUUGUACACCUUUAGGAUCUUCAGUUGUUGGCGGAGGUAAUACUGGUUAUGGUAAUGCAAGUAUUCAAAUUACUCCUAGAACACCACAUACAAUUCAAUAUCUUCCAACUGUUGCUCCUCAAGUUUCUAACAAUCAAGGACCUUCAGGUAUAUUACCUGGGCCAAAUCAAAUGCAAAGGUCUAAUUCUGUACGUAGUUAUCAAUAUAUGCCAUCUGAUAUAGAUAGCAAUAAUAAUAACACCUCACAUGUUACAGAUAACUCUAUUCGUCAUCCUACCUUUCAGUCAAAUCAUCAAUCCUAUGCUACUAAUCAAAAUAUUCCUGGACAAUUUUAUAAUUCAAAUCAACACCAUUAUUCAUCAUCCUCACAAUCGGUUAUUCCACAAAAUUAUCCACCUAAUCUUCAAGGUCAAAGUAAGCAUUCUCAAAUUACUGGUCAAUUUACUGCUGGGGGAAGGCAUAAUGUUAAUAACAGUAAUAACAAUAAUAAUAAUAAUAAUAAUAAUAAUUCAACAUUUGGAUGGAGUGAUACAAGUUUCGAGUCAAAUCCAUUAGGUCCAAAUUCAUUGACAGCAUCGUCAACUAACGAAACCAGUUUAAAUAGUUUUAAAUCUUCAAAUUGUAAUCAUCAAAGUCAACCCAUUGAUAAUCGUUUGGGUAGAAAUAUUAAUCACCCAGUAUUACGUGAUGCUCAAAUGAAUUAUUCAGCUUGUAACAAUAAUAAUAGUAAUAAUAACAGUGAUACAUUAUCAACAUCUAUGUCUACUAAGAUGGAUCCAUCCACUGAUAUCAUAUCUCAUCAAAUGUUCGCAAAUACAUCCGAUAUGCCAUCACUACAACAACGUGUUCAUGUGAAUCAGCACUCACAACAAUAUCUCCGUCAAUCAACUGUCAACGAUGGUGCUAAACCUCAAUCCUACUCCUCAUCAUCUACACAACAACCACAACAUCAUCAAACAAGUCAAAUUCAUCAACAGUAUUAUCAUCAUCAACAACAACAAAAUCAUCAAAUGAUGAUGUCUUCAUCGUCCAUGUGUGAUUAUUCCGGUAGUAAUAAUAGUGAUUGGAGUUCUACGAAUCAAGUACAGUUUUUAAUGUCGAAUUCUACGGUGAAUUCUACAAUGUAUAGUAGUCAUAGUAAUAAUAUUGUAGAUAAUAUAUCUGUUAGUGGUGCUGUUGGUAGUAUGAUGGAAAAUUCUACAAAUAUAGGACAUACUACUAAUGCUAAUAGUAAUAGUAGUAGCGCAACACCUACCACUAAUAAUAGUAAUCAUAAACGUCCAUCAAUGGUAAAUCCUAUGAAUGGAGAGAUGAAACAUAAUAUUUCAUUGAAUUCCCAUUCACAACAUCAUGCCUUGCCGCCUCAUCCACAGCAAUCUCAACAAAUGAUAAUGGCCAACAAUAAUAAUAAUAACGGUAGUAAUAAUAAUAGAUCAAACUGGUAUCCUCAUCAAUCGAUUGGCAAUCAAAUGACGUUCAGUUCAAUGUCAUCAUCAUCAUCAGCAUCAACAAAUGCAAGUCGAGAAAUGUAUUCCAGUCAAAUGCAUAAUACUAAUAAUGGUAAUAAUGCUAACUUUUCAUUAAACCCAUUACCACCGGUUACUGGUGGUGGUCAUCCAUCGGAUACAUCAUUAGGAACAAUUGGUAUGGUGGAUAAUACAAAUAAUGUUAAUAAUAAUAAUGGAAAUAGAAGUAUACUUAGACAAUCACAAGAUCCUUAUGAUAAUUCAUUACCUAUAUCUUCUAUGUCAUCAUCAUCAUCAACAUCUUCAGCACAGCCUUAUUCAUCAUCAGUUGUUUGA